CUCUCUCCACAACUUGUGCCUGUCUGAUGUGAUUGGUUAGUUUUCUGACAGUGAGAACAGUGGCAGUAUAAAUCCAUGGCUGUGGGGGCGGAGACACCCACAGCUUCCUCUCAGUCACCACUGAAGAAACGUUGAGAUUAAACUCUUGUUUGUCUUUUGUCGCUGACGUUGGAUUUUCAGCCUUGUCACCAUGUGUAAGGGACUGGCCACACUUCCUGCAACAUGCCUAAAGAGUGCCAAAGAUAUCAAGCACAAAAUCAGCUUCUUGCUUCAGAAGCCUGAGCUCCAAGUGUCAGAUCAGAAGCAGAUAAAGGAGAAGACGACGACCGCCGCUCCUGUUUCUGCAAAGAGGCUGCCUGAUGUAGCGGAGGUGAUGAAGUGGAAAGAGUCCUUCAGCCACGUCCUGAACAGCAACAUUGGACAGACUGUCUUCACUAAUUUCCUGAAGUCCGAGUUCAGCGACGAGAACAUUGAAUUCUGGUUGGCCUGCGAGGACUACAAGACCACAGCAGCCUCCAAACUGGUGACCAGAGCCAGGCAGAUCUACCAGCAGUACGUGGAUUCAGACGCGCCGCGUGAGGUGAACCUGGAUGCGGCGACUCGAGAAGAGACCAGGCAGAACCUGGAAAACGCUUGCCCUUCAUGUUUCGACGGAGCUCAGAGGAUGAUUUACAUCCUGAUGGAGAAGGACUCCUACAGACGCUUUCUCAAGUCCAAACCCGUCCAGGAUCUGCUGCAGAGUCAGGAUGGGACGGAGGACGAGCAGGAGAAGAGAGGCUGUGACUCUGAAGGAGACAGGCAGGUGUUAGCACGUGGCGCAUAAAACAGGAAAUGAUGUAGAAGGUGGAAGAAGGUGACAGAAGGAGCCAAAGUCUGUAAACUGUUGAAGAUACAGAAAGUGCAGUUUACAUUUCCUGCCUUUGCCUUUUUUUUAAUGUCAUGUAGGUGUUAGAGGACGAAUCCAUUUGCCCACAGCUUCUUUUCUUUUCACAUUUGUAACAAUUAAUGCUGUCAAAAUAAAUGUUUAAUGAAUCAUUUUACAAUGUGUACAAACUUAAAAGCUGUUUUAGUGUUUGCCUCGUGACCUUUGACCUUUUCUCUGCUUCUUUACGGAGAAACAGGUGGCGUGAAGGUUAUGUUGAUACUUGUAACAGGAAAUGUUUUUAAAGCUACCUCCACUAGAACAGCUCCACCUUCUGUCAACACAGUCUUGCCCUUCUGGUGGUUUCUGGUCAUUUCUCUGAGUAAAAUAAAAAGUCAGGUGUUCAGUGACGUACCGAUCAGUGUUAAAAAACGAAAAUAUUUGUACAAUGUAAAAAAAAUAAAUAAAUAAAAGGUGAACCAGAACCAGUGUACCAAACUGUAACAUCUAAUGUGAACGUGUUUAUGGCAAUUUGUCUUUUCUUUUUUUUUUUUGCAUAUUCUUGCAGAUAAUGUUACGUAGUGUGUUUUUCUCUCUGUUUCCAUUUACUGUAUCCUCCUUACGUUGUAUAAACACUACAAUUUAAAUGUUGCUUCCACGUAAUACGCUUCAACUUUCACCUCCUCUAUGUGUCUGAUGUAGUAGUGAACUUCUCCUGCACGUAAUUGUGACCAGAUUAAUGUGUUAAAAACUGUGCACUGGUGUAUUAUAUUGAUUUACAUAUGCGGUUUAGUUUUGUAUGAAUAAAUGCUCUUUGACGGAAAGCAGUGACAGUAAAGUAGUGCAGACAUGUAUGACCUGAUCACUGUCCUAUUUAUAUCAUGUCUGUGAUUAUUGAGUAAUAAAAUUUUAUGUGGAGUGAUCUAUAAGAUAUGAAGCAGAUGUUUAUAUUUUUUGAAACGUUAGCUUUAGCAAGUUAGCACACUCAGCUAUAACUGUGAAAUCAAAAUGUAUGAAUGUCAUUAAAA